GUAAGUACACCGAGCAUUUCACUACAAAAACAACAGGUUUCUUUCUUUACAUUCAUCUAGCAAAUAAAUCUUCAAGUCAAGAAACAAAAUUAGAUUGCAACUCCGUUCACCCUCACCACUAGAGCUCCUCUCAGCAAUGGCCCCCCGACCCAUUGCCAUAAUCGCAGGCGUAGGCCCCGGCACCGGCGCCUCCGUUGCCCGCCGCUUUGCCAAAGCCUACCCCGUCAUACUCCUCGCCCGCGGGACCGACAAAUUCGAGAAGCUCGCGCAGGAAAUCAACGACGCAGGUGGCAAAGCCGUGGGCAUCAGCGCAGACGUAUCGAGUGCAGAGAGCCUGACCUCUGCGUUCAAGCAGAUCGAGAAGGAGUUCCCAGGUGCCAGUGCCGCGGCUGCGGUGUUCAAUGCUGCGGGUGGAUUUGUGAGGAAGCCGUUUCUGGAGGUUACGGAGGAUGAGUUUAGGGGCGGGUGGGAAGUUAGUCAGAAAGGAGCUUUCCUUUUCUCCCAACAAGCCCUUCCCCUUCUCCUCGCCCACGCCAAAGACCCCUCCGCCACACACCCGCCCACGCUCAUCUUCACGGGCGCGACUGCUGGCGUAAAAGCAAACGCCCGCAUGGCUACUUUUGCUAGCUCUAAUUUCGCUAAGCGCGCAAUUGCUAUCUCGCUUGCCAAGGAAUUUGGGCCUGAGGGCGUUCAUGUCGCAUGGGCGAAUAUUGAUGGGCCCAUUGAUAUUCCGGGACGAGACGAUUACAGGAAGCACUUGCCGGCGGAGCAGAAGAUUGAUCCGGAUGACAUUGCGGAGGCGUACUGGGGGCUGCAUGCGCAGAGUAGACGGGCUUUCACGAAUGAGAUUGAUAUCAGGACGAGUGUGGAGAAGUGGUAGGUGGUAUUUCGAAAGCGGUUAUCUACCCAUGUACGUUUCUCAGCCCACAUUGAUGCUCGUUGCACGCAAUUCUCUAUAAUCCACCUUGGCAAAUCUCUUAAUUAUCAUUGCAAGGCCACUUCUUGAAUAUCUGACCCUAUGGUACUCGACCCUCCACAGCAGUCGCCAUGAGCGACAACAUCUUCCAUUCGUUCGGUUACCGGUUACUAGUUUGCCGUUCUUGGUGUUGCAGGUCAGAAAAUGGGCGGCACUGAAGCAACCCAUCCUUACCGG